AUGUCAUCUUUUCUGGUUUUUGAAGCUCCGUCCCACACUCCCCAUCCUGAUCUCUCUCGUCAGCUUGAACAAGAAAAUUCAUCCCAUCAACACAUUGAAAAAUCAUUGUUUUUAGCAGGAGGAAUUUCAGGUUGUGGAAAUUGGCAUCGUGACGUGAUUUCAAAUUUACACAACAAGUGUGAAAAGUUAUUUCAGCAACAGACCAGUACUUGGUCAUCAUCACACCAACAAAGUCAUCACGAUGUUGCUGCAAUAACAAGAAAAAUCAAAAUUUAUAAUCCACGAAGAGAACAUUUUGAUGUGAGUGAUCAAAGUCAAUCCGAAAUUCAAAUCAAAUGGGAGCAUGAGUAUUUGCAUUCGGUUCAAGCAGUUUCUUUUUGGUUUUGUUCCGAAACAUUAUGUCCAAUCACUUUAUAUGAAUUAGGUAAAAUUUCAAUGAUGCCAAAUAUCAAGCUUUUUGUUGGUGUUCAUCCUCAAUAUCAAAGAAAACUCGAUGUUGAAAUUCAAACUCAACUUGUUCGGCCAGAGGUUAAAAUUGUGUACACGAUUGAGGAUUUGUGCGAUCAAAUCUUUGACUUGUAUCUUUCACAAUAA